GCACAAUGAGAUUCGGAAUCAAGAGUAGGAGUUUUAGGAAUUGGCGUCCACAAUGUUUGGAACGCGUCGAUGAAACAAACUCAUGUUCUCACAAUUUUACAAUUGGAAAUGGAACUCACACUGAGCAACCUUUCCCAGAAAAUGGGACAUGCCAGUACACGUUCGAUAUGACUGAUCAACCGUCAUUCGAGUUCCUCUACAUCACUUUCGAUGAUUUCUCAUUGGCUACGAGAGAUUAUGUCACAGUCUUCAGCAAUUUUUCCAAACCACGAGCCAUGAUUGGAAAUUUUACGGGUAGCAGAACAAGCUUCAUGGUGGCAUCCAGUACAAACAUAACCUCAGUAAGGUUAGUUGCGCGGCCUGACCAUGCCAAGCUGCUGCGGCAGCUGAGUUUUUCCUGGAACACAGUUUGUGAACAAACGUUGGAAGCUCCGGCAGCGUUUGCGUCGCCUGUGUUUAUCGCGCGAGCCUCUAAGUCUAAUGCGAGCAUGCAGUGUGACUACACCCUGCUGCCUUAUGUGUUCUUGCUAUAUCCUUGGCCGUUCUUCAUUGCUGGUCUGCUAUUAAUACCCGGCUACAUAGCACCGUCAGUGAGCGGCUGUCGCUCUGCGGCACUUGUUAGUGAUAAUUAUCUUGAUCAGACGUCUAAUCUUGCAGAAUCGACCGACGACGUGGUAAUUGGAGGUGGGCUUGUGAAUGAUACAGCGAUUGUCACUGUCACCUUGAAUGCUAGCAUAUAUCAGAAAGGACUAGCAGGCAGCUUCAUUAGCCUGACUCCAGAUUGUUCUGGCAAUGUCACGUUAAAGGCAGGUGAACAGUAUCAGUUUGCAUCGCCUGGUUUCCCUGGUGUCUUCAAUCAUGCUGCCAGCUGUCGUUUACUGAUUCAAACCAUCGAGCCAAAUACAACAUUGGUGGCAAGGAUUGAUGUGCUAGGUUUGGUAGACGACUAUGACAUCGUUGUUGUGAAAGACGGACGCUCGAAAAUGUCUCCAACGAUCGUUCAAAUUGACAAGGGGUUUAGCACAGAUUACGUCAUCAUGUCCAGUAAUGAUUCUCUGUGGUUUGAGUUUACAAGCGAAGCAAGUCUGUCGCCCAAGAGUUUCAGCUUCAAUAUCUCCGUCCAAUAUUUUGGUGGAACGUUUGAGCAGAGUGGCUCCAUCAUGUUGAAUCAGUCCAAAGUUCCGGCAGGUGGAGCUAGGAACCUGAAAGAAUAUUACAAGCUCGUUGUUGCUGGCGAUUCGCAAGUGUAUUUGAAUGUGUCUAAUGCGAUCUUCGUUCCUUCAAACAGCAACUUGAAGUUUUACAAUGGUGACAGAGUCGAUGGAAAUCAGUUGAUUAGCAAGCUGUUGAAGAGCAGUACGAUACAGCCUGUGUUCAGCGAUGGAAAUGUCAUGCUGGUGGUUGCUGAGGGGUUUUCAGGAGCGAAAGCUUUCUUUAAUGCCAUCUUUAAGACGGAAAAAAAAGGAUGCUACCAACAUUCCUGGGAAAAGUCGGACAGCUAUUCUCUGCUUCCUGGACAUGAACCUGAAAACUGCAGCUGGUUGAUUCAUUCCCCAGCAAACAUCAAGAAAGAUGACUUGCUGUCUGUGGAUUUGACACACGUGCGAUCAGCAUCCGCCUCCAUCUACAACAACGCUGCACCGUCUACUCUUGUAAUGGCUCUUAAUGCCAGCCAACUAUCCACUGGGUUCACUGUCUACAUGGAUGCAGCUAAAGGCGCAAGAAUUCAGUAUGUUGCCUCGUCAGGAAAUCCUAGCCGGCUGGCUAUCUUUGAGGCAUCGUAUCACGUUAGGAAAGCGUGCGACGGCUACCACAACUCGACCAGCGGACAGGUUCGUAGUCCCGGCCAUCCGAACCUGUACCCGCUAAACGCCAACUGCUCUUACAUGCUCGGCUUGGAUCAGCAGAAAGACAAGUCGCUUGUCUACCUAAGCUUCCGGGCAUUACAGAUCAGUAGCGGCCAUGUGUUGAAGGUCAGGUGA